AUGUCUUUUCUUGGGGGCGCAGAGUGCUCAUCUGCUGGCAACCCGUUGACACAAUUCGCAAAACAUGUUCAAAAUGACAAAUCCCUUCAGCGAGAUCGACUUGUUAGUCGAGGUACGAAUGGUUUGCAAGAUGGCAUGCGGACCAGGGGCAUUGUCGGUGGCCCAGAUUAUAUGAUGGAUGAAUUCAUGCAACAAGCAGAAUUAAUGGCCCCGGCUGCGGCACAGCCGUUCACUAUGGGCCAAAUGCGCCGAGAACUGGAGAAUCUUCACACUAGCCCCCAGCAACGGGCCGGAUCUCCUGCUUGGGCCGCGGAGUUUGAUCCAGGCGAAAGCGCGAGGAUGGAGGCCGCCUUUCCAGGUGCAAAAUUACAGAUGAUUAAAGGCGCCGGAUUUUCGCCAUCAGAGUUUACGCAUUUUUCGCAGCAAAUAGAGGCACAAAGGGCAGCUAGCUCAGUUACGACGGCUGUUCCAGUUACAUCAGCUUAUCAGUCACACACGGGGAUAGGAUACCGAGGGUUAGGUGGCGGCUACAUGAAUAUGAUGGGCCCGUCAUACGGCCCGGUGGGUAUGCAGCAGCAAGCGCCAAUGCAAGAAGAUAAAGGCAAGGGAAGAAUGAUAGAGCUUGAUGAUAAGAACUGGGAAGCUCAGUUUGCAGCGAUAGACGCGGUGGGAGAGAAGGCCCUAGAUGGAGAAGCAAAUGCUGCCAUGGAAGCUGAACUCGACAGCCUGGACAGGUCAGUCCCCAAUGAAAGCGACGCAUUUGAUGAUUUUGAAAGUAUUUGGAGAGGUAUCCAAACUGAGACCGCAGGACAUAGGCAAAUGGCUCAUGAGGAACUAAACAUGGAAAAUAUGCAUAUGGGUGACUUCGGCGAAUGGGAUAAUUUCGACCUCGGUCUCAAUACACACAGUUUCAGGGACCCACAACUUGGGGACUACCUCUUCGAGGAGGACAACAAUUACCGACUUAACUCAAAUCCAUUCGAGGAAGGAAUGCGAAUGAUGAGGGAAGGGGAUAAUCUUUCGCUGGCUGUCUUAGCAUUUGAAGCCGCGGUGCAAAGGGACCCGAAGCAUAAAGUCACGGACCUCUUCAUUCGAGCCGCGCAGCUAUCCCCUCAAGGAGAGCAUAUGGAUCCUGACGUCCAAGUCGGAUUGGGUGUUCUGUUUUACGGCGCCGAGGAGUACGAUAAAGCAGUCGAUUGCUUUUCGGCAGCCCUGGCAUCUAAUGAAUCGGGGACCUCGAACCAAGAAGAACAAGUCCAUCUAUUAUGGAACCGUCUGGGAGCAACCCUCGCCAAUUCUGGGAGGUCGGAGGAAGCCAUUGAAGCUUAUGAAAAGGCCCUUACUGUCCGCCCGAAUUUUGUCCGUGCGAGGUAUAAUUUGGGAGUGUCUUGUAUUAAUAUUGGAUGCUAUCCUGAGGCUGCACAACAUCUGUUAGGUGCAUUGGCAAUGCAUCAAGCGGUUGAUCAUUUGGAGUCACCCCCGUUCCCUGCAACCGCAUCGGAAGAUGCAGACUUGCACACAACACAUAAUCAAAGCACAAAUCUAUACGAUACCUUGAGGCGGGUAUUCAACCAGAUGGGCCGAAGGGAUUUAAGUGACAUGGUUGUCAAUGGUAUGGAUGUUGAGGUCUUUCGAAAAGAAUUCACCUUCUAA